AUGAAUAGUCUCGUUUUCCACAAGAAAUCUCCUCUCCAAAAGAAUCCUUAUUCAAAGAGAAUAAAAUGCACUGGUUGUUCUUCUUCUACAUUUCGCUCGUUGCCUCAGCAUGAGCCGUUUCGGCACAAGUCUGGAGGAUAUGAAAAUUUUGUCAAAGGAUUGGAGGAAAGAUCUUCCAAAUUGAACGAUCUGGUAGCUGUGUGUGCUGAAUAUUACGAUGUCACCGCCUCCAAGAAGUUCUCUCUGGAAGGCCACAUUGUAUAUAUUCAAUCUGUUAAAGGCGAGAGCGCCCAUAUUGAGAACCCUCAUGAGAAUGUGUCGGUUUGGGCUAAAUACCGCAAAGUGAGAUUAUUCAAGAAUUGCAUCGAAGUCGCUGCUCGUGUUGAGUUCGUGGAUUCGGAGGCACAGUUGGAAAAUAUCAGGGUGUUGAGUGAUGACAGUGAAAACUGGGUUAAGGCUGCUGAGCGUAAGAUGAAACAAGGCUACUAUCCCCCAGAUAUGUACUACUAUGAUUAA